AUGGGACGCCUCAAAUUCUUUAUCGCGCCACCGCUCCUCCUCGUUCUGCCCUACAGCAUGGCCCUCAUCCCGACUUUCGUCAUCAUGCUGAAAAUGCAUUCACAAACAACUUUACGUCUUUCUCUCAAUUCUCCACACACGUCCCCGAGCUGGAUCAACAGCUGCUUCGAAGCCGUUCAAAUCGGUGAUGGGUAUGAGCCCAGGGAUGCCUUCGAAUACCGUUUCGAGUGCGAUGAUGACGACGACGUUAGCGAAUACAUUGAAGAAUACCCAUAUCAAGAGUGGGAAUACAAUGCCUGUCACUUCAAGGGCCGCCACACCGUUGGGGUCGGCCACUUCAUCGCCUCGUUCACACUCUCAUCAUGGACACCCAUUACCUUCCACAUCAAUUUCUUCUUCUUCCCAUUCACCUCACCCGUAAUGGGUUCCGUACCACCAGCAAAGAUGGGACAGUCACCGCAAACAAAACAUUACUUGCCGAAGCAGCAGACGCCUCCACAACUGGUGGAGUGCAAGUUGCGUGUCAAUGUAUGGACAGAGGAUCGGUGGACUCGCGAUGACGACGACAUCAAAUUGAGCUCAAGUUGA